AUGCCAAGUCAAUAUACCCGAGAUGAAUGGGCAGCCACUCUCAUGGUCUCAGGUCUUUCUGGCGAGGUAAGUCGCGGCGAUUUACUAAGCCUUUUCGAAGUCUAUGGUACAAUCAACAGUAUUUUCCGCGGCAAAUGCUCGCAAGGAUUUGCGUUUGUUACCUUUGAGGACGAUUCUGGUGUAUCUGAGGCCCGAAGGGAAUUGAAUGGCUACAGAUUCAAGGGAUGCACCUUUGAUGUUCGGCCCGCUCGAUGA